UACAGCAUUCAAACGCAGUGGACAAUCCAGAGUGAAGCUUAUAGGAAACAGAAGGCAUCAAUGGAAGAAAUGGAUGAAAUCUACGCCAACAUUGAUUAUGAGAAACCUGACAAUGAAAAGACACAGACCAUCCAGACAAGUCCUGGAAGCUCAUAUCAGAGAUUUUACAGACCUGUUGUUCUUCUUCUUGGACUGCUAAAUUUUCUCCUGCUGGCUGGGAUUGUUGGCCUCUGUGUCUACCAAGCCUCAGUUCAUCGUUCAUCUGCAGAGCUCUCUGCCACCAAAGCCAAUCUAACUGAGCAUCUCCAGGCCAAAGAUAACCAGCUGUCCUCACUGACUGAACAGAGGGAUCUUCUCAAUGUCAGCCUCACUGACAUGAGUAAAAAGCUGGAGAGACUUCAGAGUUUGUCCAAGCAGAAGAAAACUUGUCCUGCAAGAUGGAGGAUGUUCCAUUGUUCCUGUUAUUUCUUCUCAGCACGAAAAACCUCUUGGGACAGCAGCAGGCAAGACUGCAGGAACAGAGACGCAGAUCUUGUGGUCAUCGACAGUUCUGAGGAACAGGAAUUUCUCACUAACACCCUCAAGGGUUGGGCUUGGAUUGGUUUGACUGACAGAGACACUGAAGACACCUGGAAAUGGACCGAUGGCACUCAGCUGACUCUGAAAUACUGGGGGCGUGGGCAGCCUGAUUCUAAUGGAAGAAAUCCCCAAUGGGGUGAAGAGGACUGUGUUCAUAUCAUGAACGAUCGUGCAAAGGAGGCAAAUUGGAAUGAUAUGCGAUGUGAUCGGUCCAUGCUGUGGAUUUGUGAGAAAUAACCGAGCCUCAGUUCAUCGUUCAUCUGCAGCGCUCUCUGCCACCAAAGCCAAUCUAACCAAGCGUCUUUAGGCCAAAGAUCAGCAGCUGUCCUCACUGACUGAACAGAGGGACCUUCUGAAUGUCAGCCUCACUGACAUGAGGAAAGAUCUGGAGAGACUUCAGAGUUUGUCCAAACAGA